UGGUUCUAUGGCCCGUGCCUGAGAACUUUUUCACACGUGUGGGACUCAGCGUAGCAGCAGACGCAGGAAUAACUGAGAGAGAGAGAGAGAGAGAGAGAGAGAGAGAGAGAUGGGGGAGCAGAAGCAGGAAGAGGAGGCUGGAUUCCAAUCCCAAUCCCAUCCCAUUUUCAUACCAGCGUCAUGGUCGGAAGCUGCAGACUCUAUCGCCUACGACUCGUCCUCUUCGCCGCCCCCAAUCGCCUUCAUCUGCGGCCCUAAAAACAGCGGCAAGACCACUUUCUCCCGCCAACUCCUCAACACCCUCCUCAACAGAUAUAGGAAAGUGGCUUAUUUGGAUACAGAUGUUGGACAGCCAGAGUUCACAACUCCUGGCUGUCUCUCACUACAUCUCAUUGAUGAACAAAUUCUAGAUUUGACGAUUUUGACUCUGAAAACACCCGAGAGGUGUCUUUUCUUUGGUGAUACUUCUUCAAAAAGGGAUCCAGAAACUUACUUAAACAAUAUCUUCCACCUUUACAAUUACUUCCGUAUGAAGUUCUAUCAGUCUAAUGAGCAUGAACUUCCUGAGAAAACUCAGUUGCCUCUGGUUAUUAAUACAGCCGGAUGGGUGAAAGGUGUUGGAUAUGAUCUUUUGGUGGAGAUGUUGAAAUAUAUUGCACCCACUCAUGUGGUUCAGAUACGCAUCUCAACUGAGGAUAAGAAUUUACCAACUGGAGCAUUCUGGUUGGAUGGGAAUAAAAAAGGGCAAGUGAAUCUGAUUGAAAUCAAUGCAGCAUUGCGGAACUCUUCAAACAGAUCGAUGUUGAUACGCAAGGAUGGACGCCUUCUACGGGAUGCUCGAAUUAUUGGUUACUUCAGGCAAUGUUUUCCAAGUGACAUGAAUAUCACAACGAACAAGGAGCUUGCUGAUGCCUUGGCUUCUCAUCCUCCUUAUGAAGUUCCUAUCUCAAAGACAAAAGUUAUGCAUCUCCAUUGCCAGGUUCCGAGCAGUGAAAUCUUUCACAGUUUGAAUGCAACAAUUGUCGGUCUGGCAGUUAGUUCUAGAAAGCCUACAGAAUCUGAAUCUUGUGCACCUUGGUGUAUUGGACUUGGUCUUGUUAGGGGUGUAAACAUUUCAAAAGAUCUACUCUAUGUCAUCACACCUGUUCCACGCUGCAAUCUGGAAAAUGUAGACAUGCUUUUGCAAGGGUUCAUUGAUAUCCCCGCUUGUCUCUUGCAGGUGCGUGGAUGCAUGUCGCCGUACAUGUCUGCUGACAUUCUCCCUGCAAACUAGAGCCACUGAACAUGGAUAUGUUAUACAGGUGAAGAAAAAAAAUGUUAUCUGAGCUCCUUGCUGUUCAUUAAUCAAAGCAGUUUUUUAGCAUUAUGAAAAAUGAGUAGGAAGGUAGAGAACCAUAUAAUGGCAGUUAAAAACAGUGUAGUAGUUAACCUUGUCAUAGUUGAAAGUACUCCGACACGACUUUGUGAAACCGAGUUGCCUGACAAGAAGAGAACAGGUCAGGAUGAAAGCAUACCUGUUUCAGUCUCCACCAGAGUCCUUUCCUGAAACUGCUAUUCAAAGCUAUGGACCUUAUUGCUACUUCUAUUCAAACUAUAUACUAUAUCAAGUCAGUUAAUCGAUGUUGUGGUUCAUCCACUGGAAUUUUAUGGAUGUGCAUUGAUUAUUAGGGUUUGCUAACGUUCAGCUGUAAUUUUGGGAAUGAGUUCCUCAGCUCUAAUUUAUACAACGAGAAUAGGUGGAGUGUAAUGCUCCUACUUGCAUCA